UCUUCCGUCGACUUCGUCCCCACCGAGUUUGGCGUCUCACUCGCCGAAACUCCAGGUUUCCUCAAAGCUCCCGGCAGUGCUCCGGUUAACAUCGCCAUCGCCGUUUCUCGUCUCGGCAGACGUUCAGCUUUCGUCGGAAAACUCGGCGGCGACAACGAGUUCGGCCACAUGUUGGCUGGGAUGCUGAGAAAAAACGGCGUUGCUGAUGAAGGGAUCAACUUCGACGGAGAUAGGGAGUUUAUGUUUUACCAGAAUCCUAGCGUCGAUAUGCUUCUCCAUCCCGAUGAACUCAAUCUCGAGUUUAAUUUUGAUUCACCAAUGGACCUCUAA